AUGGGUAACUGUUGCCGUCGGAUAGACUCAACAGAUUUUGAUACUCACAAACACGCCAACAAUAAUGUUAACAAAAAAAAUAGAAACAGUUUAAACAACGAAGAGGCAAACUCCACAGUAAACAGAAAUAUUAUCGCUAAUGAGUCGGAAUAUAUCGUUCCUGAUAUCUCCGAUAUUUUUUAUAAAAAUUUGUCAUAUCCUUCCAAAGGGAUUUUUACACUCUAUUUAACCCACCAACUCGAUCAAAACAACACCAAUAACGAUGUAAAUAAUACCCCGAACGGUAUUGACGUACCUUGUAAUAAAGGAGUGUUCAGAAAUGUGUAUAACUACCCUAGAAUACGUGAUAUAGUACUAAGUAAAGAUGUAUGGAGAAGCCGUAUAAUCUAUACCAAUAAGCUUACAAAUGUGUAUACAAUAGGUACAAACGCUAUAGGAUACGGAAUUUGUGGUUCAGUAAAUCACUGUGUUAAUAAGCGAACACAGAAGGUAUACGCCCUCAAGUCUCUUAGCACAUUGGCCAAUUCCAAGAGGAAGAUGACAAGCGUAUUUAACGAGCUGAGCAUAUUCACACAGUUGGACCACCCUAACAUCGCGUUCAUGCAUGAAGCAUAUGAUGAUAAUACAAUCUGCCAUAUUGUUAUGGAAUAUUGUUCAGGUAACGAACUGUACGAUAGACUAGAUACAUAUAAAAGGUUUAGUGAAUCUUACGCUAUCAAAAUGACUUUCCAAAUGCUCCUUACACUUAAUUAUUUACACUCCAACGGGAUCUGUCACCGUGACUUAAAAUUGGAAAACUGGGUUUUUUACAACCAGGAAAUUGACUCCUUAUUGAAGAUGAUCGACUUUGGGUUUGCAAGAGUCUUCGAAAAGGGAAUCCCAAUGGGCGGAAUGCACGGCACUGUAUAUUACGUAGAUCCGGAAGUUAUCGAUGGGUGUUAUAACGAAAAGUGCGACAUCUGGUCCACUGGAGUAAUAGUAUACAUGAUGUUAUCAGGGUCACCGCCAUUCAAUUCAGGAAGUGACAAAGAAAUUCUGUGGAAAAUUAAGAAGGGGAAUUUGAAAUUUGAGGGCGUUAGAUGGAACUCAGUUUCUGAGCUGGGAAAAGAGUUCAUUAGAUUUCUACUAAAUCGCAACGGAAACGAACGCCCGUCAGCUAGAGAAGCUUUAAAGCACCAAUGGCUAGCAAAUGAGUAUAAUAAAUAUUCUAAUUUUACAGUCCCAAAAGAGUUGUUAUAUCAGAUAAUAAGAUAUAGUGGAGAAACCCCGCUUCACCGUGCGGUGAUAGCGCUAAGUGUAAUGGAAUCAGAUCGAAAUUGUCCUAAGGAGGUAUAUCGAUCCUUUUUCUCAAUAAACACAUCGAAAUCAGGGACCAUAUCGUUCAGCGAAUUCUACAAUGUCAUGUCAACACAGUUGUCCCUCUCGGAAGAAGAUUGUACAUUAGUAUUCAGACUCAUAGGGUUCAGAAACACUCCGGAACUAAACUACACAGAGUUCGUCUCCGCAGUGAUAGAACACUAUGGAACCCUAGACAUUAACAUGUUAUCGUUGGUGUAUAAAAAGUUGGACGUGAAUGGCAGAGGAGUGGUGGAUUUGGAGAGUUUUAAGGAGGUUAUCGGUCCAUAUUUUGGAAACGUGAGUUCAGAUGAAAUGUUUAUGUCUACUGAUUUAAAUAAUGAUGGUGUAAUAGAUUUCUCAGAGGUAAGAAGAACCAAAUGA